AUGGAUGAGGCAAGCCUUGUCAAUAGCCUCUCGCAGAGGCUUUCAGAGCUCGAGCACAAGGUUCACACCUUUCGCCACGAGAUGGCAGCUGAUUUCCUGCGCUACUACCAGGAGCUGCUUCGAGACACGCAACCUGACAUUGCUUCCAAUGUUAUCCAGUCCCUUGCCAAGUCAUUGUCCAAAUACCCAGACCUCAGCUCCGUUCUCACCAGUCAGGACCUGGAUCUGGGCCUUGACUCACGAACACUCACCCAUCUUGAAUCGGCACAGCGCCACCCUUCCCCGCCGACCACCGUCGCUACCUCCGGAUCGGGAGCCGCAGAGCCUCCAGGCAGCCCCCGCGAUCGACAUCACGACGAAUUGCUCUUUUAUCUUCCCCUGCUAGAGGGGUCUCCUCCCAGGCAGCCAACCUCUCCUCCCCUUACAAACAACCACGCACACCUCGACAUGUUGUUGCCUGAGUCAAGUAUCCAAGCAGAGGAGAAGAAAGGCGCAGCAACCGAACACCAUCAGGACCAGCAAGCACAACCUGGCAAUGAUCAAUUGGAGGAUGUAUUUUCGACAUUGCCUCAUUCGCCCGGGCGACCAGGUCAUGUUCGUCGUUCAACCAAUGAUACAGUCUCCUCAGGCCAUUCGGAUCGAAGCGAGCCGAAAACACCACGGAGCGUCUUGAGACGUUCUUCAAGCGGAUCUAAACCCCCACAAAGUCCGCGACGUGUGCGUUUUGACGUUAUGGGUGCAGAAGUCUUGCCCACAGCAUCACCGCAACCUACCGAUUCCAUGAUUCCCGCUGCAGCCCCCGUUUUCCCGGCCGACCAAGCACGCACUGAAACUAUGCUUGACGACGAUCCAGAAGAUCUCCCUCCGCCACGUAAGAUCUCAUCCUCAGAGGCGCUUAGGGCGUUAUCUAGAGCACCUUUGGAGGAAGGCGUUUGGACAGAGGUCAACUCGAAUCCCGACCAAGCCGCUGCUGGGACGGGUAAUGCAUCGGCAUUAGUCUCCAACUCUCCAUCAGGAGAGCAAAAAAGUCCUGUAAUUCUUGCACCAGAACCCCCGUCAUCGCGCCAUGUGCCUGAGUCUGUUCGGAUAGAGCGUACUUUGGGAAGUGUCAGUGAGGAACCAGACGAGGACGAGGAGUCGUCCGAUGACGACUUCCUCUCAAUGGCGAAACCAAAAUCAUUCACCAACAAGAAAGCUCCAGCAUCGCCGUCUUUGAAUAGGAUACCAGAGGAGAGACAGAUGGACAAGGCCGUUGCAAGUGCAACAUCAACUGAGGCCCAAGGUCUGGGGACCAAGAAGGAUUCAGAAACCGUCGAGGGAUUGGAAGCAGGUGUAGACGAAGAUGAACUGUUUCAUUUCGAGGACUCUGAGGACUCGUCUGCACCGGUGAAACCAACUUCAAAAUCAGAAUCAAUCGUGCCCGAAGUGGAAGAAGAGUCUGAAGUUGACUUGCCGGAUGUGCCCGAGUCUGAGCAAUCUUUGUAUGCGACCUCCCCGGCAGUCCAUAUCACUAAACCAGCUAGUCCAUCGGGUCCGACAACUCCAACCAUUGCCCGGUAUCAAGCUGGCUCCGUGGGUUCAUAUAAGGGACGACCAGUCAUUAUGCCUGUUGUUCGCAACCCUGAAGUACAUGCCCAAGCUGCCUCGCUGGGGCAUUUCAAUACGUUUGUAGGAGGGCUGGACGGGCGCAGCGGAAUGGAUGAGGCGGACCUCAGUAGCUUCCGUGCGAGCGUUGCCAAUACUGGCUUUUCCGGCACCCCACGCAGUUUCACAGAACGUUUAAUGAUGGAGGAGGCUCAAAAGGCAAGGGCUGGCAGUUCAAAGUUGAACUGA